CCGAAAAUUUGUCGCACUUCACAGUGCGCUAAAAAUUCAACAUGCCUGGGUUUUCCAAUCGUGACUCGUGUCACACAAAUCUAAAUUAACGCUACGAUGACGGUUCCAUACGCACGCCAGCAAUGCGCUUUGAGAUGGCUUGGUAACGCAAACGAUCCAUCCGACCCGUAUCUCGCGAGCAACAAGAUUUCUUGGUAGCUACAACUAUGGAAAGCGUUUCCGCUAUAAUUUUGGGCUUGAUCCUGAUGUUACCGCUGCUCGUACAACUGCAGACGCUUGUCCUGCAGCAGCCCUGGAAGUUAUUUGCGACGUUACGAGGCCACUCGACGGAAAGUACGAACGACAGCGACGCCCGGUGCAGGCACAACCUAGUACAAUACUACCCCAAGGUACCGGACCUAUUAAACUCCAAUUCUGAAUCCAGGAUGAUGAUAUGCCCGACAAGGAUCGUCCUCUCGUCACCCAUCGUGUCACGUGUCGCAUCCGUUGGCCAGCAGCAGCAGCAGCAGCCGCAGCCGGUUAGAAAAACGAUCCCGCUGGCACAACACUCGUCGUCCUUCGUGGCGACGCGAAUCGAACUGCCAGUGGUGGACAUAACGUGCAAUUACAAUUCCUAUCGUUACAAGAGCCUCGAGGAGAGUCUGAGGGAGCGAUAUGGUGCAAAUUAUCCGCCGGGCGAAGUGGUGUUGAAUUAUAUUCAAUUAAACACGCCGGACUCCAGGACGAGACAAGGGAAUAACGUCGGUGACGAUCUUCUGGAUUUUUUCAAUAAUAGUGAUACUGGCACGUAUUCGCCGUCGGUGUCCACGAAGCUGGAAACGGAAUACUUGAAUCUCCUGGAUCAUUUUGUAUUAAGAGAGCGGAGGAAAGCUCUGACCGCGGGCAAGUUUACCGAGACGCUUCCGUUGGCGGAUGAAAGAAACCUUGAACUGUCGUCUCACGUCGGAACGUGGAGUCAAUCUACUCUGAAAAGUUUGGUCGUUCAAGGAAAAGAAUUCGGGUCGUCUGGCAAUCAGCGUUCCUUAAAAGGUAUUGAAUACAGCCAAGCUGGUGGCACAAAUAGACGUCUCAGCAGCUUGCAGAGAGUGCUUAAGCGAUAGUGCGAAGCGGCUCGAUCGCGGUAAUCCCAUCCAUGAGCGCUGGCCAGCCCGCAAUCUGUCAUGAAGUCGGGAGAAAACACACAGGAAAAUGACUCUCCGACGUGAGCAACGGAGAAGCGGGGUUUCGCAGGCGGGAUUCGUCGGGACGUGGGAAUCAUUCCGAAGACGAAGGAGACAGGUCGCGAAUGGAAUAUCCACGUCUACAAAGGACUUAAACUUGUUGUCACCUUAAGCUACGUACAACGCGAGAACUACGCAAGCAGUUCUUCUCUUUCCAACAAAUGAGAUAACAGACUUAAAACAUCGUUAAAUAAUUCAUGGUAUUUUUUUUUUUUUUUCGAAAUAAAACGGAAGUGCACUUAAG